AUGAGCUGUUAUGUGGGACACAUCAAAGGGCAUCUGGCAAGUCUGCUUUUUCGCGCAAGCUGCAGACUACUUCCACCACUCAUCAAACAACGUGACAGAAGUGGGGUGCUUCUACAUUCACUACCCACUACCUUAAGACAAGUGAUCCCAAAGGGAUCUGCACACCUAGGAAACCGCUUCCAAGGGAUGGACAAAGAACCAGGCCACUCGGAUCAUACAAUUGUCAAUAUGGCUCAUAAUGAUCGCGUCAAAGCGUGUACUGAUCUUCAUGAAUCCUUAUGUGUGGUUGAAUUUCAGUUCCUUAUAGACCGGUCUUUGAUUGGCUUCGAUAUACCAAUCCGAUUUCCUACAUUUCCGAAUAACUUGAACUUUCCAUCGAUGGCCAACAAGAAGGGAAAAGGCUCUGGCUCCUAUUCAGUCACAUCGCCAACAACUGCAACCGAGAUACUCGCCAGUAUGCAAAAGAAGGGAGCGGCUGCAAGCCCAACCCUUGAUGACGUCUCACCAUCAUCCGAUCGCAAAGGCUCUUCCUCUGCCGAUGCUAAACAAGAAUCAUCGCCAUCUGACGACAAUCGCUUGCAUCCGUUAUGGCACGCUGUGCAAACCUUACCAGGAGCCCUUCGCAAGUUCCUCGAUCACGACUAUAUGAGCCAGAAGAAGUCCAUCAAGAAGUUAGAAUUCUAUCUAAUUCUAUUUCACUUCAACCCGGCCACCACGUCUCGUCCUACCCACCUCAAGGCUAGUUUGGUGGCAGAGUUCGAAAAAGAUUGGUUACCCCUCCUUAAGCCGUUUAUAUCUCCUGCUCCGCCUACUGAUAUGGACACGGAUGAAGACGACUUUGAUCCCUUGGCCUCCAGCACCACUCGUCGCAUGUUGAAAGAAGUCAUCCAGCGUCGAGCUCCUCACGCGCAUAUCGCUUCGGUUGCAAAGAUCGACGGUUUACGCCGACUCUACAAGCAAUACAUUGAUCCAGACCUUCAACUACCAAAAUCUACGGAAUUCACUCGCAAACCCCGUGCUGUCAAAGAAAAAGCUCUCAAAGGACUUACUAUCGAACAGCUUCGAUUUGCUAUACAAGCCCGCUCCCCGGAGGUCUUCAUUCAUACUGUCGGAUUAACCCGUCCUAUCUGUCUUGCCUUAUACAUUAAGUUUGUCGGUGAAGGGGCCGUUGAGCCUGAUAUUCUAAUUGAGGGCUUUCAUUACUCUAUCAUUGAGGACAUCUGA